AUGCGAGAGGCAAUUCUGAUCAUAGCAGAUUACGGAUACUCAACAACGUCGUAUGGUGCACAGGGUGGUAACGAGGAUGGUGGCUUUAUGGCCGGUAGCCAGGACAGUCCCAGCGCAAAGAGAGUAAGUUCUCAUGAACCUGAAGCAUUUUGUUCACAUCUGACCCGGCCAGNNUCAUAUGGCAAGGAAACGCUACGUCCCGUCACAAUCAAGCAACUGCUCGAGGCCGAACAACCCGACAGCGAAAACUUUGCCAUCGACGGCUCAGAACUGACCACAAUCUCGUUUGUUGGCCAGGUUCGCAACAUCAGCAAGCAAACCACAAACAUCACCUACAAGCUGGACGAUGGCACUGGCACUAUCGAGGUCAAGGUCUGGAUCGACAUGGAGACUGCUCAAAGUGACGAGGACAACGGAGCCAAGGGCGGCCUGGUCGAGAACGCAUACGCUCGUGUUUGGGGCAAGCUGAAGACUUUCGGCAAGCGUCACGUUGUCGCUCAACAAAUCCGUCCUCUUACCGACUUGAAUGAGGUCAACUACCACAUGUUGGAAGCCACCUACGUCCACCUCUUCUUCACACGCGGCCCCAUCGGAGCACAACAACAAGGCCAACAAGGUCAAGGAGCAACCAACGGCGGUCAAUCCGGUGGCGGCGGCACUCUGCCUGCCGGCGUCUCGACUCACGCAAGAAAGGUCUUCCAGUGCAUGCAAAACACUCCUCAGAUCAACGAAGGUCUCCACAUGCAGGACAUUGCCAGCAGAACUGGCAUGGAUGUUGCUGACGUGCUCAAGGGAGCAGACGAGCUUCAGUCCAUGGGCAAGAUUUACCCUACAGUCGACGACCAGACUUGGUGUUUGCUCGAGAUGUAA